AUGCUUAGCUCUUCUUCAUCUUCAAACGUUCCGCUGAUCAAAGGUGCCACGCUGUUGAAGCUGAUUGAACGGUUGACCUACCACAAGUACGGCGACCCGGCGCUGGUGCGCACUUUUCUGACCACCUAUCGCUCCUUUUGCACGCCCACCGAGCUGCUGAAGUUGCUCAUUGAGCGCUUUGAGAUUCCGAACCCUGAUCUGAUCACCGGGGCGGAGGAGGGGGGGAACACCCCGGCUGAUACUGAGCAGCAGCAGCGGGACUACACGGAGAUGGUGAAGAAGUUCCGGAAGGAGUACGCCGAGCCGGUGCAGUUUCGCGUCAUGAACGUCCUCCGCCACUGGAUCGAGAAUCACUACUACGACUUUGAGCGCGACCCCUCGCUGCUGGAGGCGCUGACGGAGUUUCUGGAGCGGAAGAACGUGCAGGCCGUCCCGAGGACGAUGCGCAAGCUGAUUGAGCACCUCACCAAGGUGAUUGACCGGAAGAAGGACCAGGCGUCGAAGCAGAAGGAGACCAGUCGGGAGAUUAUGCACAACUCGGUGGCGCCGGCCAUCGAGUGGUGGCUCACCAGGGAGGAGGAGGAGUUUGAUCUGCUCACGCUGCAUCCCGUGGAGAUUGCCCGUCAGCUGACGCUGCUCGAGUUUGAGCUGUACUGUGCGGUGAAGCCCUCAGAGCUGGUCGGCACUGAGCAGGGGAAGACCGGCGUGUGGACGAAGAAGGACAAGCAGAAGACGUCGCCCAACCUGCUCAAGUUGAUUUACCACAACUCAAAUUUCACCUACUACCUGGAGAAGUGCAUCAUCGAGGCGGAGAACUUCGAGGAGCGGGUGGCGAUUCUCCUGCGCAUCAUUGAAAUAAUGAUCGUUCUCCAGGAGCUGAACAACUUCAACGGGGUGAUUGAGGUGAUGUCGGCGCUGCAUUCGGCUAGCGUCUUUCGCCUGGAGCACACCAUGGCGCGCAUUGAAAGUAACAGCAAGCUGAAGAGGGCCUUUGAUGAGGGCCUGGAGCUGAUGCAGGAUCACUUUAAAAAGUACCAGGACAAGCUGCGCUCCAUCAACCCGCCCUGUGUGCCCUUCUUCGGCACCUACCUCACCAACAUCCUCCACCUGGAGGAGGGCAACCCCGAGUACCUGUCGCCGCCGCAGCACCUCGAAAAUAUGUCCCUGCACGACACCUCGGGCAUCCUCUCCGAUGAGGCCGUCAACUGUAAGCUAAUCAACUUCAGCAAGAAGCGGAAAGUGGCGGAGAUUACCGGCGAGAUUCAGCAGUACCAGAAUCAGCCGUACUGCCUCAAGGUGGAGCCGACCAUUCGGCACUUUCUCGAGAACCUCGCUCCGCACACUGGGAUGACUGAACGGGAGUUUGACGACUACCUCUACAACCGGUCGAUGGUCAUUGAACCGCGCGGCGCGAAGCAGCCGGUCAAGAAUCCUCGAAAGUGGCCCUCGCGUCAGCUCAAAUCGCCGGGCAUCAAGACGGUGAAGCAGCGUUUCAUCCCCCUGAUGUCCAUCGACCCGUUGAUCAGCAACUUCACCAGCUAUGCCCACAAUCACGGCAGCAGCAGUCACCACCACCAGAAUUCUG